GACCUGCGCCCGCCUCUUCGACACAUAAAUACCCGGUUGGUUGUCUCUGUCAGCGACACACGUCAGAAACUUGUGCGUCUUUUCUCGGGGAACUGUCGCAGAUAUGGCGUUAAAAGCUGUUUGCGUUCUGAAAGGAGCCGGAGAAACCAGCGGGACCGUGCACUUCGAGCAGGAGGACAAUUCAGCUCCUGUGAAGGUGUCAGGGAAAAUCUCAGGUCUUGCCCCUGGUGAACACGGUUUCCACGUUCAUGCUUUUGGAGAUAACACAAACGGGUGCAUCAGUGCAGGACCUCACUUCAAUCCCCACGGCAAGAAUCAUGCUGGUCCUACUGAUGCAGAAAGGCACGUUGGAGACCUGGGGAAUGUGACUGCUGGAAAAGAUAAUGUUGCUGAGAUAAACAUCUCUGACAAGAUAAUCACCCUCUUUGGUGCCCAUUCCAUUAUUGGCCGAACCAUGGUGAUCCACGAGAAGGCUGACGAUCUAGGAAAAGGAGGCAACGAAGAGAGUCUAAAGACGGGCAAUGCUGGUGCACGUCUGGCCUGUGGAGUCAUUGGCAUCACGCAGUAAAAACAAUCUGCCCAAACUCAAAGCACUGGAAAUGGCUUUUCCCCCCCACAGCACUUAAUAAGACCAACAUAGCUACUUAAUGUGACAGUUUUUCCUUUUUUCAAUACUUCGUUUUGACCAGUCAAGAGAGUAGAUGCUGUACAGUCCUCGUCAUGACAAUUGUCUGUAUGGAUUCAUGUCUGUUGACUAGUCUUGGUCCCAAAGAGUUAGUUACGCACAAGUAAUAAACUGUUGUAUAUGACUUACAAAGUUCAAAAAUAAAAUGUCUGUUCAUUCGAA